AUGUCGUCCCAUUCGGCACGCGGCCGCAGCUGUUGCGCCGGUCUGGCUGCGCUUCUCUUUGAGCAUUGCGCCUUUCCUUUUCUAGGGACGAGGCUCCAGCUGCUGCGCCGGUGGCUGGUGACGCAGCGCGAAGGCGUGGGGCUGCGGGGCAGCUCUCGCCGCGGUUUGGCGGCGGAGCAGCUCGCCGCGGCGGCGCUCGCCGGUUGGCACAACCCGAUCGAGGUGCGGCGGGGCUCGCUGCUGACUGACGCGUACUCGGAGCUGCGCGGGCUGGGGCGCGGGUGGAGGCUGCCCCUGCGGGUGCGCUUCUUCUCGGCGGAGGGGGGCGAGGAGGCGGGCGUCGGCGAGGGCAUCGCAAAGGCCCUCCUGCUCGAGAAGGGCUUCGACCCGUCCUUUGGCGCCCUCGCCACCGGCACCGAGGGAGGCGGCGCGCGCGCGCCGUCUGUCUUUGAUCGCCGUGCUUCUUGUUCAGGCCUGUUCGCCACCGGCACCGAGGGCGGCCUCUACCCCGACCCCGCCGCCCGCAUGUCGCACGCAGCGGCACGCUCGUGGUACGAGUUUCUCGGCGCGGUGCUCGCAAAGGCGCUGUGGGAGGGCAUCCUCGCCGCGAUGCAGCUCGGGCGCAUCUGGUUCCUCGCGCGCUCGCUGCGGCUGCUCCGCGACUACGACGGCGACGUCGAGGACUUGUGCCUCUCUUUCGCCGUCGACCAGUACACCGCCGAGGCGCCGCCCGAGCCGCCGGGCGGACGCACGCGGCGGGGUACUUCCUUUUAG